AUGCGCCUCUUCCUUAUUGGACAAUCAACGGCUGACGAGCCCCGUACCGUCAACGUCACAAUCUGCGACCAAAACUCCACAAAUGGUCAUUCAGCUGCCACCGUCCGAGUUGAUCAGACGGGGCUAAUCUCAUUUCAGAACCAGGAGGGGCAAGUCGCGAGCUGCUCGAUCGACUCCUCUUUUCAAGUGGGAAGUGUGUGCACUGCUGGUGACGAGACAAUGGAUCAGGCGACGAAUAUUCCGAACAAGGCGACGCAGACAACCGCAAUACAUUCUACCCUUACAAAGGCGACUUUGGCCCCUGUGGUAACGACGGCACAACCGUCUGAUUGCUAA